AUGACUCAGACCCUCAACAAAAGGGAGGACCCUCUUAACCUGGGCGGUGGCUGGGCAUCCUCGGUCCCCUUCCGCACCUGGUCCUGCCACCGAAGGCGUAGAAGCACCCCAAUAUACAAGCGACGGCACUACUAUGGCCCCAAGGCUGAGUAUGAGCCCCCUAGGAAACAGCCUAAAAAACAGCACGGCCCAGGCCCUUGGUUCCAACCACCACCCCGACGGCCCUAUUGGGCUGUGUACCCCAACUACGGGCCCUGGAGAGGGCACUGGCGCCCACCUGCCGCGGGAUUCAGGAAGCCCCCCGGCCGGGUGCAAGUGAUCCGGAUGUAUGGGCUGCACCCGUUCUGCCUUUGCUGCUGCUCCUGCUGGCGUGGGCCGCUCCACCCCGGCUGGGCGAGGCCCUACGGCAGGAAGAAGCGAUGGUGCCGCAGGGGACGCGGCCUGCGCCGCCACCCUCGCCGCUCUUUCCAGAGGAGUCCCCCGGUGGAUCUGAGCAUGCUGCUGCGGCCGGUCAACCUGUACGGGUGGCGGGCACCCGGCAUGCGCGCACCGCCUAACACCACCCAGUUCAUCAUGGACCAGAUCUACAAGGACAUGCGGGAGCAGGAGAAGCUGGAGCGCCAGCAGGAGGCGCUGCGGGCGCAGCAGGCCCAGGCGAGCUGCGCGGCCUCCCCGGCAACCUCUUUCGGAGACGACGCGCCCCCCAGCGGCAGAGAGGAAGACGCCGAGCUGCAGGAAACUUGGUAUAACUUUGUGCAGAAUCCCUCUCUAGUCUUCAGUCCGGCCUCCGGCAAGGAAAACCCAUCUCCCACCCCGCAGUUGGUGGAGGAAGAGGAAGAGGAGAAAAACGAUGACGGGGAAUGUGAUGAGGAGGUGUGCGAAGGGGAAGAGGAGGAGAGUGAUGGGGAGGAUGAAGAGGCGGAGGCCGAGGAGGAUGAGGAGGAAGCCGAGGACGAAGAGGAGGUCGCAGAGGCUGAGUCUGUGGAGGAGGGGGAGGAAGAAGAAGAAGAGGAAAUAGAAGAAGAGGAAGAGGGGGUGGCGGAGGAGGACGAACAGAGCGAGGAAGAGAACCCAUUGCCUCUGGAAAUGCCUUUAUCAAUCUUAGUAGGGGCUGAAGAAGACAGAGAGAACUUUGUAAACUGUACUUACUUAAGCCCGAAACAGAUCAUUCCUCAAGUGUCACAGGAAGCUCUGUUCAUGAUAUAG